AUGGUUUAUACUGAGGAAUUAGCAGUUACAGAACCUUUUGCGAAUCUACAAGCCGCUAUUGGAGCCUACUAUGAUUUUGAGAGUCCAAAUAUCAACGUACCCUCCAUGUCCUUUGUUGAAGAUGUCACCAUAGGUGAAGGAGAGUCCAUCCCUCCUGACACCCAGUUUACAAAAACAUGGAGGAUACAAAACACAGAUGUCAUCUGGGUGAUCCUCAGCGUGGAAGUUGGAGGACUUCUAGGUGUAACACAGCAGCUGUCGUCCUUUGAAACGGAGUUCAACACGCAGCCACAUCGCAAGGUAGAAGGAAACUUUAACCCAUUCGCCUCUCCACAGAAGAACAGGCAACCAGAUGAAAACAACCUAAAAGACCCUGGGGGUUCUGAGCUAGGCACAAUCAGCAAAAACACAUGGGGGCCUGCUCCUGACCAAAUUGAACAAGAUCAGAAUGGACUGUCACAAAACUCUGUAAAUCUCUCCCCCAGCAGUCACUCGAACAACUUGUCGGUAGUGACGUACAGUAAGGGUUUCCACGGUCCUUAUCCCUUCGGACAGUCUUAAAACACAAAAACACAAAACGGGUAUCGACAAGAGGAGAAUUUAACAAAGAACUGACUUUUCGGGGAAGGGAGGGGGAUUCAUGUGGCAGACAGACACAACGUGGACCCCCCGUUCUCUGCCUCCGUGUUCUGGAUAAAGAAGAAAAAAAAAAAAGCCCAGUAACUUAAGACUAGCUGUUUCCAGAGGAAAAUACAAAAUCAAAGUAUGCAUGUGUGAAUGCUGGAUUUCAGGAGCGUUGUUAAAUUCUAUGAAAAAGAAAAUAUACCAACACCAUGGGUUUUUUUUAGAAAUCAUUCUCACACGUAAUUAGGUAGCUUGAAGUUUAAAAAAUUUAAAUGAAAAAGCCAUCUUUAAAAAAAAAAUAUUUUGCCUACAGAGCGGUUGUAGUUUGAGCAAAUGUUUAAUUUCUGUUUGUUUCUUGUUCAUAUUUUUUUAAAGAAGGGACAGCGUGCAUUUUUAUGAAACUGUCAUGUUUUGCUUGCUACCGAAUGGGAAUUUGCUUAGCAUCUUCUG